AUGGCGUCGACACGUCCUCCUACCCCCCUCCUCUCCCGUGGUUUCCCCCACACCAUCGUCUUCGAGCGCGGCCAUGGCUUCGACACCUGGGCCGAGAACAUUCCCGACGCUGGGUGGCGCACCAUCCACGUGCGGCGCAACGGGCUCAUCCAAGCGGCCGCCAUGGAACAACGAGGGAGCAUGGAUCUGGAGGUCAUCUACUUGAGUGAUCGGGAGUGCAGGGACGGCAGGGAUAUGACGAACAGAGCAACCCCUUUGAUCUGGAAGGCCUGGGCGGCCGAGGUAGAAAGGUUGGGGAUGUACCACAUUGAAAUGAUGGCCCAGCGCCAGAGAUAA